AUGGAUUGGCUUCCGCUGGUCUUCCUCCAUCCUGUAUCACUUUAUCAAGGGGCGACUUUCCCUUUUGCACUUUUGUUUAAUUAUCUCUGCAUUCUGGAUUCUUUUCCCACCCAUGCCAGGUACCUCUUUCUCCUGGCUGGAGGGGGCGCCCUGGCCUUGGCGGCCAUGGGUUCCUUCGCUGUGCUUGUCCUCAUCCCCGCUCUGUGGGCUGCGGUGCUGAUCUCCUGGCUUGGCCCACGGGAUGUGCACAGGUGGGCUUUCAUCUCCCAGAUGAGCUGGCAGACGCUCUGUCACCUGGGGCUGCACUACACUGAAUACUAUCUUCGAGAACGUCCUUCCACGAGGUUCUGCAUCACUCUUUCUUCCCUCAUGCUAUUGACCCAGAGGGUCACAUCCCUCUCUCUGGAUAUCCGUGAGGGAAAAGUGAAGGCAGCAUCAAGAGGCAUCGGGGAAAGAAGCUCGUUGUCUGAGCAUCUGUGUGAGGCGCUGCCCUAUAUCAGCUACUUGCUCUUUUUCCCUGCUCUCCUAGGAGGGCCCCUGUGUUCCUUCCAGAAAUUCCAGGCUCGUGUUCAAGGGUCUGGCACUUUGAGUCCCAGGCGCUCCAUCUGGGCUCUGAGCCAGAGGGGUCUGCAGAUCCUGGGCCUCGAGUGCCUAAAGGUGGUCUUGGGGAAGGUGGUGAGAGCAGGAGCAGGUCUGGCUGACUGCCAGCAGCUAGAGUGUAUUCGAGUCAUGUGGUCCACAGCCGGGUUCUUCAAACUCACCUACUACUCUUGCUGGAUCCUGGAUGACGCCCUCCUCCACGCCGCGGGCUUUGGACCUGGGUUUGGUCACAGCCCCAGUGAGGAGGGCUACGUCCCCGAUGCGGACAUCUGGACACUGGAAACGACCCACAGGAUCUCCCUGUUCACGAGAAAGUGGAACCAAAGCACAGCGCGGUGGCUCCGACGCCUCGUGUUCCAGCACGGCGGGGCCUGGCCGCUGCUGCAGACCUUUGCCUUCUCGGCCUGGUGGCAUGGGCUCCAUCCAGGACAGGUGUUCGGUUUCCUGUGCUGGGCUCUGAUGGUGGAGGCCGAUUACUUGAUUCACACUUCUGCGGGCUUGUUUAUCAGAUCCUGGCCAAUGCACCUGCUCUAUCGAGCGCUCACUUGGGCCCACACCCAGCUCAUCAUUGCUUAUAUAAUGCUGGCCGUGGAGGCCCGGAGCCUCUCCUCCCUCUGGCUGCUGUGUAAUUCCUACAACAGUGUCUUCCCCCUGGUGUACUGCAUUUUGCUUUUUCUAUUGGGAAAGAGAAAGAAGACAUUUAACUGAUAGCUUCUCUCCCGCCUUCAGCUUAUACAUCCACGAAACAGAGUUGAGAAAGUGCCAGAUGGUGUGUUGAUGAGACCUAGGCUUGAACUC